AUGCCAAUUGCAUCCACCCUGGUGCGGUCGGUCGACCCAAUUACUGCAAUCGGCACCUUCUUCGCCCUCUUAUCCUCCCUCCUCUUCUACAAAACAUACCUCCUACCCAACUUUCUUUCCCCCCUCCGUCACAUCCCCGGACCACCCAACAAAUCCAAGUACAACAAGUACAACCUCCCCUUCCUCGGCAACUUUCCCGACAUCAUCAAAGAAGAGGCUGGCAUCCCUCAUCGUCAAUGGAUCGAACAAUACGGCGGAAUCGUCUCCUACCGCGGUCUCUUCAACAGCCAACGCAUCCUUUUGGCCGACCCCAAGGCUAUUCAACACGUCUUUAGCACCAACUCUUACAAGUACCCUAAACCCCGUAACCUUGCCCGUUUUCUGGGGAAGAUCAUUGGAAAUGGUGUCCUGCUCGCUGAGGGGGAUGUCCAUCGCAAACAGCGCAAGAUGCUCAACCCUGCAUUCAGUCACAAGCACAUCAAGGACAUGGUCCAUAUCAUGGCUGGACCUGCCGAAACGCUGGGGAGACAAUGGGAGGAGCAUGUCGAGCGCUCGGGGGAGAAGCCGUUUGAGUUGGACAUCACAGUCGACCUCGGAUCCUGCACCUUGGACAUCAUUGGAUUGAGCGGGUUCGGGUACGACUUUCAGGCUAUGACGAACCCCGACAACGAGAUGAGCAUGGCAUACCGCGAGCUGUUUUACAAGGAGACCACGUCGACUCAAUUCUUGCGAGUCUUUAUCCCCUUCUAUGCUGACCUCCCUACUCAGGCCAAUCUCGAUCGCAAGAAGGCCAUCGAGACGAUUGACCGAGUCACGAAGCGGAUCAUCAAUGAGAAGCGCACCCAGGCCAAUGCCAAGAAUCACGAUGAGGAUGACAGCAGCAAGGAUCUGAUGAGUAUUCUCAUCCGAGGCAAUGAGCAGGUCGGAUCAUUGGAGGAUGGCAAGCUGACCGAUACCGAGCUCAAAGACCAGAUCAUGACUUUCCUGGCAGCUGGACAUGAGACGACGUCUGUCACGGUGACAUGGAUGCUCUACGUUUUUUCCAUCUACCCGGACGUACAGAGAAAAGUUCGGCAAGAGAUGCUGCAACACAUUGGCCGCCCUACCGACUCCAACAGAUGUCCCAUGACCUACGACUCUCUCAACGCGCUGCCAUACCUGAGUGCUUGCGUCAAGGAACUCCUCCGGUUCAUCCCUCCUGUCCCAACCACCUCGCGCGUCGCAGCAGAGGACGACACCAUCCUCGGAUACGACAUCCCCAAGGGCACUCAGGUCUUUCUCUCGCCCGCAGCUUUGCACAAGUUGAAGAGCGUCUUUGGCGAGGAUGCCGAGGAAUUUAAACCAGAGCGAUGGAUGGAUCCGGCUACACUGACGGAGGAGCAACGGCAAUCGACCAAGUUUGUCACGUCCGAGAUGUCGUGGGCGUAUCUGCCCUUUUUGACUGGACCGCGCAAUUGCAUCGGAGCCAAGUUUGCGACGAUGGAGACCAAGAUUAUCCUGUAUUAUCUCCUGAUUAACCUUGAGUAUUCUCCUGUACCUGGAUUCAAGUUCAAGAAGACGAGUCGUAUUACGUGGAGACCCUUUCCUGGCAUGCGCCUCAUCGUCAAACGCUUCUCGGAGAGCGAAGGACGCGACGGCACUCUGGUUGAACCUUGA